AUGUCUGUGCUUUGCAAUAUUUCUGGCUAUGUAAUAUCAACAUCAUCAACGGAUUCAGAUUCAAUUGAGAAAGGUAAAGGAACAAGGGCCAAAGCACGAGCAAAUGAUGAAAGUAUAACUGGUGCUGGUGGAACAAGCCGAACAACUACAAGUACUGGGGUUGAAAAGAGGAAACCGAAGGCUAAACGACAAAGGCCGGAGGUAAGGGAUCACUUCCAUAAGUUUAUUACAGAUAGUGGUGAUAACAAAGCUAGAUGCAAUUAUUGUGAAAGAGAGCUAUUUGCUGAUACUAAAUUGAAUGGGACUAGUUCAUUGAAAUCCCAUUUGAAAAGUUGUUCUAAAUUUUCACGUACUAGUUCUGAUCCUGCACAAACUGAGUUAUUUUGUCAAGUAACUGAAAAAGGGAGUUCAAUAAGUUUUGGGAAAUAUAGUGCAUAA